AUGUCCUUCCAUGCUGCCCUGCGCAGGGUGCCGCUUCAGCGUAUCACUCCUUUUUGCGGCACGGCGGCAGGCGCCGUGGCCGUGCCCGCGUUGACUGCCUUUGGUUUUCUUGGCAGCCGUCGAGGUGGCCCGGCGGCGGUGUUGGUGAGUGUGCGUUGCAUUAGUUGGAAUCCAGCGAAGUGGGCAGGCGACACCAUUGUCGGGCGGGAGUCGCACCGCAACAUCGAGGAGGAGCUGCCGGAUGUGUUCGCGCAGCAGCCGCAAGAAGUGGAUGACUUCAUUCGCCCAGAGAAAAGUGUUUUUGAACGGCUUGAGGAUUUCUGGGAGUGGAUUGUGAGCUUCAUGCAGCCGGUGGAGAAGCAGAUAGAUAUUAUGCGCAGCCUGCGGCACAACGGUUUUCUUGGGUUCGAUUUUGGAAGUUGGGGCCUUGUGUUUCUUUUCUACGGUAUUGUCAUGCGUCUGUGCACCCUCAUCCCCUCCCUCUACAGUCACCGAAACGCACUGCGGAUGAGCUACAUUGGCCCGCAGAUUUCUGAGAUCACCAAUAGCCAAAAUCGGGCCAAGAAUGAUCGCACACUUAGCACUGCAGAGAAGCGCGUGAUUAAGGACGGUUAUAAUCGAAUGAAGUAUGCGCUGAUGAGGAAGCACGGCUGUGCACAAUGGAAAAGCUUUCUUACAAUGCUCACUGCCCCCGUUACCAUGUCAGCCUUUUUUUCUAUUCGCCGCCUGGCGAUAUACGAGUCAGACCUAGAGAUGGCACCGUUUCUGUGGGUGAAGGACCUGACAAUGCCGGACCCAACGUACGGGCUGCCGUUCAUUUGUGCGGGUAUGUUUUUAGUGAACUUUGAGAUGAACCAGCAAAUGCAGCGUGGUGGGCGAAGCUCCUCUGGCAUUUACAUCCGCUGGGCGGUGCGUGCAGGGUCUCUUGCAGGUGUUUACAUGUUUGCGUCGCAGCCCUCUGCCAUGUUUGCGUACUGGAUUGGCUUGUCGACGGCAGGCCUGUUGCAGCCGCUGCUGCUGCGUUGGCAGCCGUUCCGCGAUUUCUUUCGGUUUCCUGACCCUCCGCAGGCCGCGAAGUCACAAAUCAUCGACGUGGUAAAAGGCCCGUCCUUGAUGGAGCGGCUGUUCACCUCAAAGGAGGAACAGGCACGACGUGAAGAGGAGCGACAGUCGCUUCGCGAGGAGCGCAGCAGGACUAAGUUUGAAAAGGUGGACGACUACGAUGAUGUCGUGUUUAGCGAGGGUGACGAUCUCCCCAUGUCAAGAAGAAGGCGCUGGGGAACGCGAGAUCAGAACGGGGAAAGGAAUAGCCCAAAGGAAUCGGCAACGAAAGGAAAGUAA